GCCAGACUGUUGAUCUUCUCAUGCAAGAGUCAGGAUGUCGUUUAGAACAUCCUUCUGCUACCAAAUUCCGCAAUCAUGUCAUGGAAGGAGAAUGGGAUAAGGCUGAGAACGACCUGAAUGAACUUAAGGCCUUAGUGCAUUCUCCGCAUGCAAUUGUGAGGAUGAAGUUUUUGCUGCUGCAGCAGAAGUACCUGGAAUACCUGGAGGAUGGCAAGGUCCUGGAGGCACUUCAAGUUCUACGCUGUGAACUGACACCACUGAAAUAUAAUACAGAACGCAUUCAUGUCCUCAGUGGGUAUCUGAUGUGUAGCCAUGCAGAAGACUUGCGUGCAAAAGCAGAGUGGGAAGGGAAAGGAACAGCUUCCAGAUCUAAGCUUUUGGACAAACUCCAGACGUACCUACCCCCAUCAGUGAUGCUUCCUCCCAGGCGUCUACAGAAUCUGCUGCGUCAGGCUGUGGAGCUACAACGGGACCGGUGCCUAUAUCAUAAUACCAAACUAGAUAAUAAUCUAGAUUCUGUCUCGCUGCUUAUAGACCAUGUUUGUAGUAGGAAACAGUUCCCGUGCUACACACAGCAGAUACUUACGGAGCACUGUAAUGAAGUUUGGUUCUGUAAAUUCUCCAAUGAUGGCACUAAACUAGCAACGGGAUCUAAGGACACAACUGUUAUUAUAUGGCAGGUUGAUCCAGAUACUCAUCAGCUAAAACUGCUUAAGACGUUAGAAGGUCAUGCGUAUGGGGUCUCUUACAUUGCUUGGAGUCCAGAUGACAACUAUCUUGUUGCCUGUGGCCCAGAUGAUUGUUCUGAGCUUUGGCUCUGGAAUGUGCAAACUGGGGAGCUGAGGACAAAGAUGAGCCAGUCUCAUGAAGACAGCUUAACAAGUGUGGCCUGGAAUCCUGAUGGGAAACGCUUUGUAACAGGAGGUCAGCGUGGACAGUUCUAUCAGUGUGAUUUAGAUGGUAAUCUCCUUGACUCCUGGGAAGGGGUGAGAGUACAAUGCCUUUGGUGCUUGAGUGAUGGGAAAACUGUUCUAGCAUCGGAUACACACCAGCGAAUUCGGGGUUAUAAUUUUGAGGAUCUUACAGACAGGAACAUAGUACAAGAAGAUCACCCUAUUAUGUCGUUUACUAUUUCAAAAAAUGGCCGUUUAGCUUUGUUAAAUGUAGCAACUCAGGGAGUUCACUUAUGGGACUUACAAGACAGAGUUUUAGUGAGAAAGUAUCAAGGUGUUACACAAGGAUUUUAUACAAUCCACUCGUGUUUUGGAGGUCAUAAUGAAGACUUUAUCGCGAGUGGCAGUGAAGAUCACAAAGUAUAUAUUUGGCACAAGCGUAGUGAGCUGCCAAUUGCGGAGCUGACAGGGCACACACGUACUGUUAACUGUGUGAGCUGGAACCCGCAGAUUCCCUCCAUGAUGGCCAGCGCCUCUGACGAUGGCACUGUUAGAAUAUGGGGACCAGCGCCUUUCGUAGACAACCAGGAUAUUGAAGAGGAAUGCAGUAGCAUGGAUAGUUGAUGGCGAAUUUGGAGCAGACGACUUCAGUUUAACUUAAUUAGUCGUAUUUUAAAUGGCUUGGGAUUUGGUGCAAACAAACAUGAUUGAUAGCUGGACAGACAUGCUCGUCAUGAAAAGAACCAUUUCUGAAGCCCGAUUGGGGCCAAACAUUUACCACCUUGCUUCAUAGUAACCAGUCAAGAUGAAGCACGUCGUUAGAACGUUGUUGGACACCGUGUUGAAAUUACCCCCCCCAUCGGUUGUGAAGAACUGUGCUACAUUCAGGCUAACCAUUGAACUCAGUAUAUAUAUUUUUCCCUCCUGCCUUUUUGUCUGGCAGGCUACUGUUCUUGUUGCUCUUCUGUGUAAUGAAGUUUAAAUGCUUGUUUGGAACACUUUAUUUAACAGUUUAGAAGGCUUGAUAGAAAGAGUGCUUUAGUCUGAAGAGUAUACAUUGGAUAGGAAAGUAUUUCCUUCUCUUGUUUCUCAAAUCUCUCUCCGCCUUACUUAGCUUGAGAUCUUUGCAGCUUGGUUCAUGGAUUCUAGCCUUGCCCGUUGCGCAGUAUAUAUAAAUUGAGAUGAUAAACCAAUGAACUAUGUCAAAAGCACUCUCAAUAUCACAUUUGACAAAAAGUUUUGUACUUUUCACAUAGCUCGUUGCCCUGCAGAGGGGUUAACAGCACAAUUUUUUAAAAAUAAAUUAUUUAUAGGAUUAAAACGACUUCAUUUGUAUACAUUUGGAAUUAAAACAACGUAAGAAGUGUUAUGAAAUGCAGUAUCACUGAUGCUCUUUCAGAGUGUCAUGAGACCCAUUCAAAAGCAGUGGCUGGAAGGAGCUUUAGAUAGGCAGUGAAACUUGUUCUAUAAGGCGAAACUCACUGUUCAUCUUAACAGAAAAAAUGCGCUAUUUAGAAGCAAAAGCAUUCAGAGUGCACCACCAAACUAAGAUUUUAAACAGGACAAGGUUUUUUGUUUUUGUUUUUUAAGAUUACAUAAAUAUAAGCAACAAUGCUGGUAAAAGGUAGACUCCACUUGGAGGGAAGAGUUCACAUUUUUUAAAGUAGUUAAACAUCCAAAUCAUAAUUCAGCACUUGUAUUAUGAUUGAAAACUUUAUUAUUUGAUAAACAAAGAAGUAUAGGUUUUCUUCUUGAGACUGUAAUUUUAUGUUUACAGAUUUCAAUGUCUCUCCUAGACCUUGCUGAAAGUUGGUGCUGGGAACAUCUUGACACAUUUAGCAACAGUUCCACUAAUAUCCCAUGUUUAAAAAGAGAAAGACGUUUAUAACUUAAGUAUUUAUUCUUCUCAGAACAAACAGAUGGCCUGGCAUCCCUGUGCUUCUGCACUACCCACAAAUUCACUAUGGACUCCCUCUUCCCACGUUGAGUAGAAAGUUGUGUUGGUGCUGCUGUGAAGUAAAGAGGGAGCAGGGAAAGGCACGUCACAGAGAAUGAUAUCAAGAAAAGUGUGGACUGCAUCCUUAAACGAGACAAUAAAUCUAGUGUCCUUGUUAGUGAUGUGUGGAAGAAGGGUGGGGGAAGGUUUGCCGGAGUUCCUGGGAAGAGACGCGUAGCCCCUUUGAUGAAGGGGAAUGUGGCGUUUAACAUAAACGGUCCCUUUUUUCUUGCUUAGAAAAACAAAGUGGAACUGAUCAGGUUGGAUUUUAGAUCCCAGCCAUCAGAUGGGGUUUUUCUUGCCUUGUGCGUAAUCUUAAACGUGGUUUAAGGUUCCAAUAUUCUUGCUGAGACCAGCCCUGAACCUGACAUGCUCCUAUCUGUCCUGGUACUUCCAGAAUGAAGUAAGAGCGUCACAUGCUUAUCUUUAAUCUAGUUCAUUUGUCUUGAACAUCUUAAAAUUAAGGUGAAUUUCUUAGAUAGCAACUACCAUCCCACAGGACUGGGUAUACAUGUGUAAACUUAGACUACAAAUCAGUUCCUUAUUCUAGCUGACUUUAGAGGAAAUUGUUUUUCUCCUGUUAGCUGGCAGCACUUCUGACAGCAUAAGAUUAGUGUUGGUCCUGUGGCAUUGGCGUUGCCGGGAAAAGGACAGCUCUCCUAAUGUCAAAUUCUAGUAAGCUAAACCUUUUGGUUUGAAAUAAACUUUGAAUACCUACAUUGUAAACACUUGUUUUAUAUAUUCAAAAUGUGGUGCAGUUCAUAAGCAGUGCUAGUAUGUGAAUCUUUGGGAGUUACCCCAGUAUACUCUUGGGACUUCAAAGGGAACUUCAGGCAGGUAGAGAAGGCUGGGUCAAAUCUCAAGCUUAGGUUUAAAGUCUAAUAUGCACUUCAACAGGCACUUUAAUGUGGUGGCCAUACACAAAACAAAGUGAGACUCUUUAUCGGGUAGAAGCUGUGCGGGAGGAUAUUCUAGAGGAUACCUCCUUUCCACUGCAGUGCAUUGUAACCAGAAGUUUAAACUUAAUACUUUUGCCAAAAUACUGCCCCUCUGUUCCGGGGCUCCUCUUCUGGACUUGAUACGUACCUCUGAAAUACGCUUCAGGUAUUUAGAAGCAGAGUUUGUGAGAAGCACGUGUCGUGAUAUCUCUGCUGCUGUUUAGUUUUGUGGCACAACAAUGCAAUAUAAAGGGGAGCUCCUUUAAUCAGAUAGAUGGCACUGUUUCCAGAGUGUCUCAACAGCAGCAUUUUGCAUAGAUUCCUGCUUCUUACAGGUGAUGUGCAGAGAGUGAGAGGAAGGUGAGACUACUCUUCGCUUUGCCACAGCACUUGGUCCCACAGUAAACUUGCUUUAUAGAUCCGGUGAUGAUUACCACCGUUUUAACCUCUAGAUUAAAGAGGAACCUAAACUAUUUUUAAUAUGUUGGCUAUUCACAAUGUGUGAACUGAAAAGUACCAAUACUUUUUGUGCACGGACUAAAAUGAGACUAUGGGGGAAAAAAUUAAAGUUUGCUCAUUUGCAACAUGUUGCUUUCCAUGUGCUUAAAAAUGUUCAUAGGCUGGAGUCUAAGGUUGGAACAAGUACACAUCUGCAAUAAAUGACUGUAUUUCUAGUAAACAGACCUAUGAUUUUAGAGAGGAAAAUACUGUAAGUGUGUACUUUUUUAGCUUUUUUUGGUAAGCUAAUAGCUACAGGUUAUUGGCAAGGCAGAUCUCCUAACAAGUUACACUGAAGCAUUUUAUUUAUCUGAAUGUUCUUUAGCUGUUCAGGUAAGUAAUUUUCAAGGGACAAUGGAGCACGAAAGGGAAGAGCAGUGAUGACAGAUGUGUCAUCGGGGGAGAGGGCAGGGAGGCAUGAUGGACACAGGACGCUUGUUUCAAAUUCCCUCUGUCUUUUCUAAAGUUCUCCGACUUGAAAGUUAACUUCUUUUUAGGAUCAGAGCAAAGAUGCAAGCUAGAAACGUAUCCAGGUCUUGCCAGUUACUUCUCAACUUGGUUUCAAGCAGGUAAUAUUUAAGAAAACUCGAUUUGCUCUUGGGAGUUUGUGUUUAGUUGUAUCUCCUUACACUGACAAAUGAUGCUCCCACCCCAAAUCAAUUUUCAAGACUUCCUUAGUAAGAUAUUUCUUCAUGGAAACCAGGACUCUGAUACAAUUAGCCCUAAUGUGAGGGGAGACGCUGUAGACUCAAAUGGGGAGGGAGGUAGAGAAAGAAGAAUGAAUAUAAGAAGCAGGAUUUACUGGCCAACAGACAAACUACUGUAACUUAAGGGGGAGGAGGAAAAAAAUGCACUUUCAAUAGCUUGUCCAUGACUUUAGCCCCAAAAUACACGUAUCUGUUUAUUUUUGGGGUUUUUUUUUUUUUUUGAGACAACUAUUAAGGGGAACAUCCAUCCCGUAACUGGGGAAAUCUCCUUUUUACCUCUUCCUCCUCUCUUUUCCACAUUGGCUUGAGUCCAUUUUCAGCUGCCAUACUUAAUUUUGAAAACUGCUACUUUGAAUGAUGUUUAGAAAAAAUGUCAUUAACUCUGACACUUUUUUAAACAGGGUGGACUUAAUUGAAGUGUGCAGUUUUGAACUACUGCUGCAGUAGCUGCCUCUAGUUGUUGAAAUAAACUGUAGACAAGUUUUUUGUCUAUUAAUCUAGAUUAUCUGGAUUCAAUAAAACAUCUGUGAGAGUGUUCCUCCCAUCUGGUAUGAAUGUGUGUGUGUGUGCGUGUGUGUGUGUGUGUUACAUAAACAGACAUAGAACCAAAACGUUCUAGGUACUUGUCAUGUUUUAUUGCAUACUUUAAGUCGUGUGUAUGUGAAGUGUCCUUUGACCUGAAGCUUUUGGUUAAUAUCAGUAUAUUUUUAUAAAUUUGAAAUUCAUUGUGCCCCAUCUUUUUCUUAAACGUUUUUCAUUGUUAGGGUAAUGUGCUAGAUUUGAAUCUUAACAUUUUUAGGCACAGAUGGAAAAAGUCAUUGGCUCCUUGAAAACAUAUGGGACAAAAUGGAUCCUCAAAGCAUCUAUGUACUUACAAACCAAGCUGUAGAGAUCAAGAAAAGAACUUUAUUGUUGAUCUCAAGAUUUCUAAAUUGUCAAGAUUUAUAUGGAGUUGUGGUGGAACUAGUUAACACUUAGAGCUUUUGGUAUGUAAUGACUAUUUGCUAUGGACUGAUAUUAAAUGUUUCAAAGGAUUGCGUUCUUAAACUUUCUGGAUUUUUGUUACUCUCCUCGGAUUAUAUUAAGUAGUUAAAAUUUCUUUGCUAUAUUACAUUAAAAACAUAAGAACUUUGGGUCUCGUAUUUAUUUUCACUUGUUUUACUAAUUAUUUACAGAACACCGUUUUAACUUUUUUAUUUUAUAAAUGUGUAGUAUUUUAAACAUAUCUUUAAAAAUUGUUCAAUUGGAACUACAUUAACUUCUGAUUUGUUUUUAUUAGGAUUUUUAAAAAAAUACACUUUUUCCAUGUUGGUGCACAGCACUUAACAGAAAUGUUUGUAUUCCCUUUCUUUCAAUUCAAUAAACAGAAUGAAUAACUGGAA